UCACUGUGAGGAGUUUGAUUUGGGACAUUAGAUCCGCCAUAUUGAAUGUGGAUUACUAAAACAAAAAAGCCAUGGAUAAUAGUACUGGAAGAAGCAUUAUACUCCUCGGAAGCAACGGGAGUGGGAAAAGCUCCGUGGGUAACUCUUUGCUAGGGAAAUACGUGUUCUCUCACCCAAAACUGUCAGAAUGUAAACAAAUAAAGGAUUUCAGCAGACAACAUAAUAUUUCUUUAAAUAUAAUAGAUACACCUGGACUUUUUGAUGCGGACGUUUCGUUAGCUGAGGGCGCUCUUGAACUUCAAAAGUCUUUAAACAUCUGCCCUAAUCCACAUGCAUUCCUGAUUGUUGUCAACACUAAUGAUGGCAAGGAAUAUUUGGACUAUACUGUAGAUAUGCUGCCCCUUAUAUUUGGCGAAAACGUUUUCGAUAAUGCUAUUGUCUUCGUGAAUCAUAGAGAUGAUUAUGCUGCAGAUUCCUGGGUCAAUGAACAUCAAUUGGUAUCGCGUUGUGGUCGCCGUGUUGUAACAGCAAAAACCCUUGAUGCUUGUAUGAACAAGGUAACAGGUGCUGCCAUUCUGAAGAAAGUAAGUUUACUGACAAGUAGUGGAGUAUCUGUAUAUACCCAUAAAUCUAUAGAACUCCACAGACGUGUCCUAAUUGGAUGCAUGUCAGUCUGCGGAACAGGAGACGAUAUUAGAUCUCAGCUGAAUGAAAUGAAUACAAGGCUUAAAGCAAUGCUUGAUAAAAAGCAUUCAAGCAAUAUUCGAAAUGAGAUAAAAGUUGUCAUGAUCGGUAAAUCCGGUAAUGGUAAAAGUUCAACAGGCAAUACCCUGCUCGGUUACAAUGGCUUCACUGUUGGGGACAGUCUAAAUGCCGUCACAGAAAAAUGUCACAUCAAAAAGGGCUGUUUAGAGACGACACAAAUAAUCAAAGUCGUUGACACGCCAGGGACUUUUGACGAAGAUGGCUCUUUUGGAGAAAGAGCUCUUGAAAUCCAGAAAGCAGUCAAAAUAUGUCCAAAUCCGAAUGCAUUUGUAUUAGUAUUUAGUUCAACAUGUCGGUUUACAGAGGAAGAACGUUAUACUAUUGAUCUAAUGCGCAUUAUAUUUGGAGACAAGAUCUUUGACCAUAUGUGUAUAGUCUUUACACAUGGAAGCAAAUUUCAAGAUGAAGACCAUUUCAAAAAGUUUUGGAAAGAAAAUAAAUGUGUUAAAGAUUUGGUUGAAAGAUGCAACGGCCGCAUUUUCAAAAUAGAGAAUCUGAAAGAAUUCCAGGAUAAGGAUGAAAAUAUUCUUAAUCUCAUUAAAACAAUUAAAGACUGUCCUGAGUACAAGUACAGGUACCUAGCAAUUCACCAGGCAGAACUUAAAGAUAUUUUGAAAAAGUACACUUCAGAAGAACAGAACAUUAAAAUGCAAAUAGAGGACUUGGAUAAAAGGCUUAAUAAACGAGUGGAUGCAAAAAUUUGGAAUAAAAAACUUUUGACUGGUGCAGCCAUAGUAGGAUCAGCAGUCGUAUUAGCUCUUGCAGCAAGUGAACCAAAAGCUGCUGCAGCAGUCGGAGUUGCUGUUGCGGAAAAGGCACCAAAAGCUGUUGCAUAAACCGUUGAAGCUGGGAUAAGAGGUAUGAUUGGGGAUUAGUUAUCUUGACCUAUAGCACAAUGGUUGUGACCUAGAUCAAAGAAGUGUUGUUAUUUCAAGUUAGUUAAAGUUAGAGACAUAA